AUGAAACGCCCCGCUGACAUGGACCUUGCCCUUUCACCAUCGCCUACAGACGACGCACACUCCCCCGACUCAUUCACGUCGGACUUAGCAGGUCCCCCGCGCAAGCGUUCCCGCUCCGAAAUCACUCCAGAGGAGCGUAGAGAAGCACGCGCACACCGCAAUCGCAUCGCUGCCCAGAACUCCCGCGACCGCCGAAAGGCGCAGUUCACGUACCUCGAGCGCCGCGUCCAGGAGCUCGAGGAGGAGAACAGGCAACUCCGCGCCGGCAUGGGUCUCACCGAACUAUCACAUCCCCACGAACAGAAAGACGAAGAGCGCGAGAAGGACAGGGCUCGAGAACGGGAGAACGAGGAGCUCCGACAGAGGGUUAAGACGCUGGAGACCGGGUGGGAAGCAGUCAUGAAGGCGCUAGCUGCCUCUGGCCUUCCCCUCAACGUCCCCUCCGUCCCCUCACCAUCAACCUCCUCUGCACCCUCUUCUUCGACGCCCUCCGCACCAGUCACGAGUGGUCACCCUCCCACAACUACUUUCCCCGUAUUUGUGCCCUCAAAUCCUCUAUUCCCUAUCUCUCCCGCACCAUCAAACCUCUCUUCCGACUCCAGCACUCUCUUCGAUGCUGACGACUUCGAUUCCACUCGCCACCUAGCACGGGUGGCGACCACUGAUGCCCCUCCGGGUGGAUCUGAAUAUUCGUCGAAUCGCCUCCAGCUGGAGCUCAACAUCCCCACACCAUCAUAUCCGCCGACCAUCCAGAUCGGUGAGGGCGCCCCCUCGGCUGUGGACGAAGUCGCCAUGGACGAUCUCUUCCGCGAGAUCCUUGCGCCUUCUCCCGUGUCGCCGCAGACUACUCUGCCUGCUGUCAUUACGCCCUCCAGGUCAAGAUCCCAGUCGAUCUCCGAAAUCAAAUUGGCCCCGGCACCCUCCGCCGCGCCGAUGACCCAGCCCCCAUCCUCACUUCCGGAGAUUGACUGGGAGAGCGAGGUCGAGAUGCAGAGACUUUUGGCCAUGCUUCCUGUGGUCCCCCAUGACGCAACGCCUCUGGAAACGGGUCCAAUGAGCGCGCCCCCGGACGAUUUCCCCUCGGCCCUCGAGUUGGAGCUGAGCGGAUGGGACCUCUCGGGUGCGAUCAGUGCAUCUGUGGGU